CGGUCCUCUUGGCUCGGUGGGGGGCUGAGCCGCGGGCGGUGGCUAUGGCGCUGCUUCAGCGCGGCCGCUGCUGUGGAGUCGCCGCCACGACGAGCCUGAGGCGGCUGGUGCUGGGGCCCCAGGGGCGGGUGUGUGGAAGCCAUGUGUGGAGCCAGUACAGAGCAUCAGGUUCUUUGCCAGAUGAAAAGAAGGAGUUUCUGCAAAAUGGACCUGAUUUUCAAGAUUUUGUAUCUGGGGAUUUUUCUGACAAGAGCAUGUGGGCUGAGUAUAAAGGCAAUUUAAAACGCCAGAAGGGAGAAAGGCUGCGACUUCCUCCAUGGCUAAAAACUGAGAUUCCCAUAGGAAAGAACUAUAAUAAACUGAAGAGUACACUGCGAAAUUUAAAUCUUCAUACUGUGUGUGAGGAAGCACGUUGUCCCAACAUUGGAGAGUGCUGGGGAGGGGGUGAGUAUGCCACUGCUACAGCAACUAUCAUGUUGAUGGGUGACACAUGUACAAGAGGUUGCAGAUUUUGUUCAGUAAAGACGGCAAAAAAUCCACCUCCAUUGGAUCUUAAUGAACCCUACAAUACAGCAAAAGCUAUAGCUGAAUGGGGCUUGGAUUAUGUUGUAUUGACAUCAGUAGACCGAGAUGAUAUUCUAGGCGGUGGAGCAGAACACUUUGCAAAAACUGUAUCACACUUGAAGGAAAGGAAUUCAAAAAUUCUAGUAGAAUGUUUAACCCCUGAUUUUCGAGGGGACCUUAAUGCUGUGGAGAAAGUUGCCUUGUCAGGCUUAGAUGUAUAUGCCCAUAAUGUGGAAACUGUUCCAGAUUUACAGAGGAAAGUACGUGAUCCUCGGGCCAAUUUUAAGCAAUCUUUACAAGUUUUGAAGCAUGCUAAGAAGGUCCAACCUGAUGUAAUUUCUAAAACCUCCAUUAUGCUGGGAUUAGGCGAGACAGAUGAACAAGUAUAUUCAACAAUGAAAUUAUUACGUGAGGCAGAUGUGGACUGUUUGACUUUAGGACAAUACAUGCAACCAACAAAACGUCAUCUAAAGGUUGAGGAAUAUGUUACUCCUGAGAAGUUUAAACACUGGGAAAAAGUAGGAAAUGAGCUUGGAUUUCAUUACACAGCUAGUGGUCCUCUAGUGCGCUCCUCUUAUAAAGCAGAGACUGUCCGGUUUGGCCAAUGUACAUGGCAGGGGGGCAUUGCUGGCACAUGAUGGCAUAUAUCACAUUAGUAGAUGUGCAGGUAAAUGAGUCCCUGAUGGUGUGGUUGUUGUGGUUGGGUCAUCUCCGAUGGUGUCACUAGAAUAGAUAUGGGGACAGAGUAGGCAACGAGGUUUGUUACAGGGAUUGUUUCCUGGGUUAGUGUUUCUGUGGUGUGGUGUGUUGCUGGUGAGUAUUUGCUUCAGGUUAGGGGGCUGUCUGUAAGGGAGGACUGGCCUGCCUCCUAAGGUCUGUGAAAGUGAGGGAUUGUUUUCCUGGAUAGGUUGUCAAUCGUUGAUGAUGUGCUGGAGAGGUUUUAGCUGGGGCCUGUAGGUGAAGGCCAGUGGUGUUCUGUUAUUUUCCUUGUGGGGCCUGUCCUGUAGUAGGUGAUUUUUGGGUAUCCGUCUCGCUCUGUCACUAUGUUUCCUCAGUUCCCCAGAUGGGCAUUGUAGUUUUAAGAAUUCUUGAUAAAGAUCUUGUAGAUGUUUGUCUCUCCCUGAGGGAUUGGAGCAAAUUCGAUUGUAUCUUAGGGCUUGGUUGUAGACAAUGGAUCGUGUGAUGUGUCCUGGUUGGAAGCUGGAGGCACGUAGGUAAGUAUAGCAAUGAGUAGGUUUCUGGUAUAGGGUGGUGUUUAUGUGACAAUCACUUAUUUGCACUGUACUGUCCAGGAAGUGAAUCUCUUGUGUGGACUUGUCCAGGGUGAAAUGGAUGGUGGGGUGAAAAUUGUUGAAAUCCAGGUGGAAUUCUUCAAAGGCAACUCUCCACCACCACAUUCUACAGGCCACUAUCCUCAGAUCCCACUGAGAAGAAACUACACCAUCUGCUCAAGAAACUCCCUGCUAUAGCACAGGAACAAAUCUACACGGACAUACCCCCAGAGCCCUGACCAGGGGUAUUCUAUCUGCUACCUAAGAUCCAUAAACCUGGAAACCCUGGCCACCUCAUCAUCUCAGGUAUUGGGACUCUUACAGCAGGAUUUUCUGGCUAUUUGGACUCUCUCCUCACACCCUACGCUACCAGCACUCCUAGCUAUCUUCAAGACACCACCGACUUCCUGAGGAAACUACAAUGCAUUGGUGAUCUUCCUGAAAACACCAUCCUGGCCACCAUGGAUGUAGAAGCUCUCCACACCAAAAUUCCAUGAGAAUGGACUACAAGCUGUCAAGAACAGUAUUCCUGAUGAGACCACAGCCUACCUGAUGGCUGAGCUUUGUGCCUUUGUCCUCACCCACAACCAUUUCAGAUUUGGGGACAACUUAUACCUCCAAGCCAGCGGCACUGCUGUGCGUACCUGCAUGGCCCCACAGUAUGCCAACAUUUUUAUGGCUGACUUAGAACAAUGCUUCCUCAGCUCUUGUCCCCUAGUGCCCCUCCUCUAGUUGCGCUACAUUGAUGACAUCUUCAUCAUAUGGACCCACAGGAAGGAGGCCCUUGAGUCGCAAGAUGAGAUCCCAGUUAAACUGAUACACCCUGGAAAUGAUAUUGGACGUUGAACUAUAACCUUUGAACUAAAUUCAAAAGGAACUCUUUGCAACUAUAAAGUACACUAUCUCUGCUAUGUAUCUGAACCUCAAGAAUUGAACUCCUGUCUGUAUGUAUAUUGAUAUUUUAACUAUACUCUCUUCCUUUUCUUUUUAAAUAAAUUUUAGUU